AUGGUGAAGUAUAAUUUCAAGGCGAUAACUGUUGUGCCAAAUGGAAAACAGUUUGUUGACAUCACCCUUUCACGCACUCAGCGCCAGACACCAACUGUUAUCCACAAGAGCAACAGAAUCAGCGAUCUCCGUAGCUUCUACAUGAGGAAAGUCAAGUUCACUCAAAAAAACUUCGUCGAGAAGCUCUCCACCAUUAUCGACGAGUUUCCUCGCCUCGAUGCCAUACAUCCCUUUUACGGCGAUCUUCUCCACGUCCUCUACGACAAAGAUCACUAUAAGCUCGCUCUCGGCCAGCUCAACACCGCCAAGAAUCUCAUCACCAAAAUCGCCAGCGACUAUGUGAAGCUAGUCAAGUAUGGUGACUCUCUUUACCGAUGCAAGUCGUUAAAAGUCUCUGCUCUUGGUCGGAUGUGUACUGCCAUGAAAGGGAUAGGUCCUAGUUUGGCUUAUCUUGAGCAGGUUAGGCAACACAUGGCGAGGCUUCCUUCCAUUGACCCCAACACUCGAACUCUGUUGAUCUGUGGAUGCCCUAACGUUGGCAAAAGUUCUUUCAUGAACAAGGUUACAAGAGCUGACGUGGAUGUUCAGCCAUAUGCUUUCACUACAAAGUCUCUCUUUGUUGGUCAUACUGAUUACAAGUGCUUGAGGUAUCAGGUUAUCGAUACGCCGGGGGUUUUGGACAGGCCGAUUGAAGACCGUAACAUCAUUGAGAUGUGUAGUAUCACUGCCUUGUCUCAUCUUCGAGCAGCGGUUUUGUUCUUUCUUGAUGUUUCGGGUUCUUGUGGCUACAGCAUUGCUCAGCAGGCUGCUCUUUUCCACAGCUUGAAGCCUUCGUUCAUGAACAAACCGCUGGUGAUUGUCUGCAACAAGACUGAUCUGGUGUCCGUGGAAAGCCUGUCUGAUGAAGAUGUGAAGCUGAUUGAAGAGAUGAGAGGUGCAGUGGGAGGGAAGGAAGAGGCAGUGGUUUUGAAUAUGAGUACUCUGACGGAAGAAGGUGUGAUGUCAGUGAAGAAUGCUGCUUGUCAGAUGCUGUUAGAUCAAAGGGUAGAGGCGAAGAUGAAAUCAAGAAACGUUAAAGAGCACUUGAACAGGUUCCACGUGGCGAUGCCGAAGCUUCGUGAUGACAAAGAGAGGCCAUCUUGUGUACCUCAGGUGGUAGCUGCUGGUGAGAAGGAGAAGCGAAAGACGGAGAAGGAUUUGGAAGAUGAAAAUGGUGGAGCUGGUGUUUAUUCCGCUAGUCUGAAGAAGAACUACAUCUUGGCUGAUGAGAAGUGGAAGGAUGAUGUGAUACCUGAGAUUUGUGAUGGUCAUAACGUUGCUGAUUUUGUUGAUCCAGACAUUUUGAUUAGGCUUGAGGAGUUGAAAAGAGAAGAAGAUCUCAGGCAGGGUCGUGAUGAAGAGGAUGGUGUUGAGAUUGACGGCGAGGAGCUUACGGAGGAGCAGAAGAGCCAGUUGGCUGCUAUUCGUAAGAAGAAAGCUUUGCUUAUUCGAGAGCAUAGACUCAAGAAGAGCAAUGCACAAAACAGAGCGACUGUUCCGAGGAAGUUUAACAAGGAUAAGAAGUUUACAAGGGAGAGACUUGGUAGAGAGUUAUCAUCACUUGGUCUUGAUCCUUCUUCUGCUAUGGACCGUGCAAGAAGCAAAUCAAGAGGCAGAAAGAGGGAGAGAGAUGGUGAUGAUUGGGGUAAAGAUGAAAUGGAUGCGGAUAUGAGUGAUGAGCAACAGAAGAAGAAGAAGCUUUGUAUGAGGUCCAAAUCAAGAUCUUUGUCAAGAUCAAGAUCAGUGUCACGGCCUCCACAUGAAGUUUUGGCAGGUGAAGGGUUCAAAGACUCUUCCCAGAAGAUAAAGGCUAUAAAGAUUGGGAAUAAAUCUCACAGAAAGAGGGACAAAGCUGCACGUCGUGGAGAAGCUGACAGAGUUAUACCAAGCCUUAAACCAAAACACUUGUUUUCAGGGAUAAGAGGGAAUGGAAAAACUCAGAGGCGUUGA